AUGCAAGGUCAAUAUGUCUUAGUACAUGAGAAAACACUUAAUCAAUUUCCAAUAGCAACUGUUCAGCAUGUUAUUGUAUUGGAUAAUAUUCUUUCUCCAUUAUCGGAUAUCGAAGUCAUGAGUGAUCUUCCAGUUUCUAGGGAAUAUGAUGCUGCAUUCAUCAUUUUUACUUCAGGUACCACUGGACCACCAAAAGCAGUUGUUCAUACACAUAAAAGUUGUUCGGCUAGUAUUGCUGCUCUUAGUGGAUGGGACGUCGGUGUAUAUACUGCUCGAGAUCACGUUCUUCAAGUUGCUACAUGCUCAUGGAUUAUACAUAUUGGGGAAAUCUCAUUGCCAUUAGCCGUUGGUGGUACUCUUGUACUUCUGCGACAAGGUGGUCUUUUCGAUGUGGCCUAUUUUUCUCAAACUCUAAUGCAUCAGCAAAUAACAAUACUAACAAUAAGUCCUGUAAUAAUUCGGGCUCUUACCAAUUAUAUUGAAAAUAGCCAGCAAACGAAAACAUUCGAUACUGUGCGCUAUUUGUGUACGAUAGGUGAAGCAAUGAAGCCACAGCAAUGGACUCAAUUUGUUAAUUUGUUAGGUUCUUCCAAUGUUCAAAUUUGUGUUCUAUAUGGUACGUCUGAAAGUGGUAUGGUUCUUGGAUGUCAUUUGUUAAAUAUCAAAGAUCCAAAUAUUCCUAUUGGGUAUCCAUUCCCAACUAUCCAAUGUUUGCUAAUCGAUGAUGAUGGUAAAAUUAUUAAUCCUAAAGAUAACUCAAAUAAAAUUGGUCAAAUUCAUAUAGAAGGACCAACUUUGUUUAACUCCUAUUUAAAUAAUCCGGAACUUACCACAAGCAGGUUUACAAGUAUAAACAAUCAAGUUUAUAUAAAAACAGGUGAUUUAGCUCGAUACAAUGCACAAGGAAAGCUUUUUUAUGUCGAACGUGCUGAUUUUCAAAUUAAAAUACGUGGCCAACGAGUUGAAACAACUGACAUUGAAAAUACAAUUGCGAAUUCAUAUCCUGGCAAGAUAUCCGAUUGUGUUGUUACAAAACUGGCACAAAAUGAUGAUCUGCUUGUUGCAUAUGUGGUUUCAAAAGACUCUGAGCUCGACACUGAACAAAUUCGAAAUUAUUGUAAUAAACAUCUACAGCAAUACAUGGUACCAUCCAUCUUUGUCUUCUUGAAACAGUUACCUUUGAAUGCGAAUGGAAAAAUCGAUCGACAGCGUCUUCCAGUACCUGAUAUCGUGGUUCUAUCAACUAAUGUUAUCGAUCGUCAAUAUAUAGAACCGAAUAAUGAAUUGGAAAUGCUAGUUCAUUCGGUAUGGUGUAAGAUCCUUGGCUGUAAUCGAAUCUCAAUGGUAACAAACUUUUUUAGUAUUGGUGGUCAUUCUCUUCUAUUUAUUGAAAUCUAUCAAUAUUAUCAAACGUUAUUUAAUUUUGAUAAUGAAACAAUAAAUACUCGGCCAUUCUUUGAACAUAAUACUAUAGCCGAACAUGCGAAACUACUAGAAGAUAUUAAGAUCGAUAAUAUACAAGCAAAACAAUGGCAAACACUACAUAUUAAUCAGUGUAUUGCAUCGUACGCUCAACAGCGCAUAUAUCUUGAUGAGAAAAUGCGUUUUUUUGGAAAAGUUGCUAUUUACAAUGAAUUAACUGCUCUACAAAUUACGAAAGGUUCAAUAUCAAUGACUCGCUUAUUGCAAGCUCUUCGUUGUGUUCUAAGCAUACAUAAGAUAUUAAGAACUUCUCUAGUUUUCAAUGAUGACGAUAGUACUCUAAAACAAUCUGUCACUGAUAAACAUCUGACAUUUACAUUGGCUGCCGAUCAAACAUUCAAAAGUGAAACUGAACUUCACAACAUUAUUUCACAAAUAAAUACUAAUUCUAAUCUGUUCGAUUUAUCAAGUGGUCGUGUUUUUUAUUGUGAAAUUCUCAGACAACAGAAAACACUUCAUGAAAAUAAUGACAAAGAAAUUAUUACAAAUUCUGAUGUUCUCGUUAUCGGCUUUCAUCAUGCUGCAAUUGAUCAAUCAAGUGGCUCAAUUUUUUUAAAUGACCUAUGUAAUAUUUACAAUAGUAACACGAAGUGGUUAGGUGUUGAACAAUCAUUACAAUAUAUAGACUAUAGUGUUCAUGAACGUCUAAUCGACAUGACACUAUCACGCGAAUUUUGGCGUUCUCAAUUAAAUGGAUACGAUCAAGAAUGUCGAUUGUCACUACCAGUUGAUCGACAUUGUUUAUAUAGUGAUCAAAGAUCUGGACAUGCUUCCAUUGCUCAUAUCUCAUUUGAUAAUGAUAUUUCGACAUCCUGUAUCAAUUAUGCAUCUUUACAUCAAGUCACACCAUUUCAACUAUGUCUAGCUACAUUCUAUGCAUUUCUUUUCAAGCUAACAUGUCGACAAAAUGAUUUAUGCAUUUCUUGUCUGAAUGCAAAUCGAUACAGAACUGAGUUACAGAAUAUGAUUGGAAUGUUUGUUUCAACAUUACCAUAUCGUAUUCGCGUUGAUUCUGACUGGUCAUUUGAUGAACUUGUUGAACAUGUGCGAGAAAAAUGCUUAUCAAUUCUUCAACAUUCUCAUUAUCCACUACAACAGAUUCUUACUGACUCUCAAUUUAAACAGUCAAAUGCUCCAUUUCUUGAGACAGUGUUCAAUUUUAUUACUAUCUCUGAAAACAGUCAAUGGUCUAUUGACACAGCAACUUUGCAACAAUUACCAAUGCAACAAUCUUAUGGUGCUGCUAAGUUUGAUUUUAUGUUGACUUGUCUUUACAAUCCAACAUCCGAUGAUAGUAAACUAUCAUUUUGUUUAACCUGCUCGCGUGAUUUAUUUAAUGAGACAACAGUUAUAACUGUAUCUGAAAGAUUAAAUCAUCUUGUUGAUCAACUUUUUUCAUCAAAAUCAAUUUCUGAUGAAAUUAAUCCAAAUUUUGCAUCUAUAUCGAAACUUAGCUUGAUUUUACCGACAGAAGCUCAAGAAAUUGAAGAUACUGUUUUUUGUCGACAACCGAAUAUUAUUAAUGAAGUGGUAGUAUUAGUUAUAUUAUAUUCGGGUUUCUCCAUUGAAGCACCAGCAUCUUAUGCUCAAACUCGUAUAUGGCUUGAUGAGCGCAUUCGAUUCGAUCCAGACAAGCCUCAAAUAGCAAUCUACAAUAUGCCUUUUGUUUAUCGUCUGCAAUCAGAUCAUACUUUAUCAAUUAAACAACUUCGUCAUGCUCUUGAUCUCACUAUUAACAAACAUUUCUCACUUCAUACAUCACUUCACUUUGACAUCGAAAAGAAUCUACUUAUGCAACGAGUUAUUACUCAUGAAAAUAAAAAUAAUAUGUUUUCAAUCAUCGAAACUACUUAUGAAACAGACGAACAAUUGAAUGAGAUUUUACAUGACGAGAAACAGCAGACUCAAAGUCGUCUUGUUCUUGUUCAUCAUUUAACUAAGACCAAAUUCGAUCAUGAUAUUGUUGCACUUGGUAUUGAUUCAAUAGUAAUUAUUAAUGAUACAGAUAGGAAAGAUCUUUCAAAUCCAGUAAUGAAAUGUGAAGGAGUAGCGUACAUAAUUUUCACUAGUGGUUCAACUGGAACACCCAAAGCGGUUCAAGUGCGACAUAAGAACUUUAUUGAUUGUAUACAUUCUUUCGUUUACAUGAACUUAUUUAAUAGAGGUGAUACAGUUGUACAAAUAGCACGAUGCUCAUUUGAUAUUCAUGUCCAAGAGAUACUUGGUAUAUUGUUGGUUGGAGGCGGUUUGAUUAUGCUUCAUCCAGGCGGAACUAUUAAUUUCAAUUAUUUAGCGGAAGUCUUUCAGAAGAAACAAGUCACAUACAUAACAGCUGUACCAAGUUUACUACACAUAUUUUUUACUUCUAUUCUACAAAACAAGAACAUGAAUGUUGUGAAAAAUCUUCGGACACUCUGUGGUGGCGGUGAGGCCUUUUCCGUUCAUUUACUUGGCUUGAUAAUGAAAAUCGGUAUAACGAACUGUACAGUAUGGAAUGUGUAUGGACCAGCAGAAGCAACCAUAGAUUGUACAGUUCAUUGUAUCAACGUUACAAGCACUGUACAGAGCAUUCCAAUUGGUAGACUACUUUCUAACUAUCGAUGUAUGAUUAUGAAUCAGUAUUUACAAUCAACUGUUACCGGUCGAGGAGGUGAGCUGGUUGUGGGAGGAGCAGGUGUCUUUGCUGGCUAUUUUGGACGUGAUGAUUUAACUGCAAAAGCUCUUCUUGAAAUUGAUGGCGAGCUAUUUUAUCGAACAGGUGAUCUUGUUAAAAUGGAUAAUAAUGGUCUUCUUCAUUAUCAAGGAAGAAAAGAUUAUCAAAUCAAACUACGUGGACAACGAAUUGAACUUGGUGAAAUAGAACGAUGUUUACUUAAUAUCACAUCAAUAUCUGCUUGUGUUGUUAUUAAGUGGAGUGAUGCUCAUUUAGUUGCAUAUGUUCAAAGUUCGGAUGUUAAUGAACAGGAGUUGCGUGAACAUUGUCAAUCUCAUCUUCCACCACAUAUGAUUCCAUCUUUCUUUACUAUACUUGACAAGUUACCUUUGAAUGCAAAUGGAAAAGUAGACAGAAAACAACUUCCUUCACCCGACUUUUCUUUAUCAACAUUUUUAUCGUCUGAUAAAUCUGAUACUCCUCUCAAUCAGUUCGAAGAACAUAUCCAUGAUAUCUGGCUUCAGAUUCUUCCAUCUUCCUUGACAAGGAUUUCAACCACCGUGAACUUUUUUACUAUUGGUGGUCAUUCACUUUUAUUUAUUGAACUCUAUUACCGUUACCAGCCAUUAUUCAAUUUCGGCGCUGAUUCACUCUCGAUUGCUCUCUUUCUCCAGCAACCAACUAUUCGACAGCAUGCACAACUACUUCAGACACUUUCAUUCAAUGAUACGCAUACGAUACGAUGGCAGCCACUACAUAUCAAUCAAGGUAAAACAUCUUUACAUGAAGAAGCAUCCGUCAAAUAUAUAAAUCCACUGAUUUCUCUUGUAGACAUUACUUCUUCUGCUCAGAAGAACAUCUUUCUCGAUGAACAAGUCCAAAUUUCACAUGAAACUGCUACCUAUUCGAAUUUUUUCGAGCAUCCGUUUGUUGUGAUCAAUGAAAAUUGCGAUAAUAUUUUGUUUGUUUUGCCGCCUGGAGACGGUGGUGCCGAAAGCUACUUCAACAACAUUGUGCCUCAUUUAUCGCAAUAUAAACUGGUAAUAUUCAACAAUUACUAUCUUGAUCUUCAAGCAAAAAAUAUGGAAAAAGGCUUCUCUUUCGAGGUAUUAGCUCCUGUAUACACAAAGUAUAUUAAAGAAAUCCAACAUGAUGGUCCAUAUAACUUUUUAGGCUGGAGUUUUGGCGGCGUUUUAUCGUUUGAACUUUCUCGCCAAUUAAUUAAUGCUGGCGAGAAAGUUGGUAAUAUUUUUAUGAUCGACUCAUUCUUUAAUGUACGCAAGGCUUCUUUUGAAAUUGGCAAAGCAGAUAAAGUGGAUAUUAUCGGUUCAAUAAACUAUUCUUAUUUACCGAUGAUAGACAAUGAACUAUUUGGAUUAAAUAUAACCAACAGAAAUACAAAUAUUGUAUUAUUUAAAGCUAGCAGGAUGGAUGAAAACUUUCCAUUGAACGAUCAGUUAGAAUUUUUUUCAUACUACACCAAUACAUCAUUUAAUAAUCUUGACACAGUAGUGAAUUAUAAACAUAUCCAGUUAUUUCAAAUGUAUGGCGAUAGCCAUUCCUCUUGGUUAUUUAAUGAAAAGCAAAUUCUCAACAUGUGCAACUAUGUAGCGAAUCUAUUAAAAUAA